AGUCCUUCCUCAGCUACCCUUAUUCGUUCUCUCUUUCUUUCUUUUCCCCCCUUUUCCAGUCCUAUAUUCAGUCGGGCCUCUGUACUGCUCAUAGAGGAUCCUAUGAGCUUGCAGUGCACAAGAGCCCAUAUGAGUCCUGUUGCCGAAUGGACCCCUGGCCUCAGGGCCGGUAGGAUGCGCUUAAAGUUGAACUGUGGUCGCUUUAAACCUUCUGUCUUGGAGCUUUAAGGCUGUAUGGACAUGGAUGAUUAGGAUCUGUUGUUCAUGAACUUUUGUUUGUAGAGACAAACUUCACUUGGAUGACCCGUUGAUCGGUUCCCGCGUGCUGAUUUAGUGCUGUGUUAGUGUCGGUGAAUGGCUCGGCGCAGUUCAGGUAGACGCGGGCAUGGGGGCAGCUGGCUCACGGCUUGUUUUUUCCCAUCAUCCUCAGGGAGAGAGUGUGGAGAGGCUCUGGGUACAGAGGGGUGUAGAUGUGUGUAUGUGGUGACGGCAGAUUACCAACGACAAGAGAAGACAGAGAUCAGUUUGAGGGCAGGAGAGAAAGUGGAAGUGAUCGAGAAAAGUGAGAGUGGGUGGUGGUUUGUAAGAACAGCUGAAGAACAGGGCUGGGUUCCUGCUACAUACCUAGUCUCUCUCACAAGACAUCGAGACAGCAACAAAGCAGCGACUGCAGAGCAGCGCUAUGUCACUAUUCAGCCAUACAGCAGCUCCAGUCAGGAUGAGCUUGGCUUUGAGACUGGCGUCAUAGUUGAGGUCAUCCAGAGGAAUCUUGAAGGCUGGUGGUUUAUACGUUAUGGAGGAAGAGAGGGAUGGGCACCAGCUGCCUACCUACGGAAGAUGCAGGAUGGUGUUAUGCCUGGCAACCAGGCAACAGAGACAAAUAAACCAGCCAUGCAGGGUCAAGUGGAAAUCAUUGGAAACCUUAUGGAGAUCAGCAAUCUCUUAAACAAGAAACCAGGCAGCGAACGGCACGCGCAAAAUGACACCAACACCCACCGUCACAGCAAUACAUCUGUACAUUCAAAAACUGACACCUAUACACAAUAUAAUGGUGAUGCGGAACAAACAGAUGGUUUUAUUAGAAACACACACAGUGACAGAGACACUGCCAGCGUAAGCACAGCAGCUAAGAUGGGCUGCAGCGGCUCAAUGAGGGAAUCUGGUGACCAGGUGAGCUCUAGCUGUCCACCACACAAAGAAACAGGCGCGUGUCUCACUGUCUCAGAUACGGGUGUAUCUGUAUCCGUGUCAGACGCCAGUGUGUCUGUGGCUCUUCCGGAAGCAAGCGCAUGUUCUUCAAUACCAUCCGCUCCAAAGAAUAAAACUGUCCCUCCGUCUCCUGCCAUUGCUCGAGUCGCACCUCACAGAGUCCACAGCGUAGAGACCAAAUCAGCAUCAAGCAGUCAAAAACCACCUCCCCGCAGAGAAAACAGCCUGGGCUUCCAGUUACCGCAGCCCCCAGAUCCCCCUAGUGUUGAAGCCGAGUAUUACACCAUUGCCGAGUUCCACUCCUGCCUGACAGAUGGGAUCAGUUUCAGUGGAGGACAGAAAGCUGAUGUCAUUGAGAAGAACUCUGGAGGCUGGUGGUACGUUCAAAUCGGAGAAAAAGAGGGCUGGGCCCCUUGUUCUUACAUCGACAAACGUAAGAAGCCUACUGUGAACCGUCAAACCAGCACACUGACCCGCCCCAAGGUCCCACCUCCUGCACCACCAAUUAAAAAGCAGAACUCUCUUCCAUGCGUAGAAUCACAGGUCAUACCUCCAACAAGAUUGUAUGAGGAACCGGAAUAUGACGUUCCCACAGUAGGAUUGGAAUUUGACCCCGAACAGGAGUUUUUCCCAGGGGAAGCACCAACUAAACCUCCACCUCCUUUAGUUCAGCGUAAUGUUUCCUUCACUUUGGGGGUGGGGGACGAAGAGGAAGAUGAGGGUGUUUAUGCGAAUGGAGAGUUCAGACCUGUACCAUCCAGUCCGGAGAACAACCACUCAGACAUAUACUCGUUGUCUGCAUCCCACCGGGCAUCUAUGUGGGAUCCACCUGAAUAUGACGCCCCUACUAUCGAGCCCAGCAUUGAAAGUAACUCUCUGCUGUAUACACAAUCCAAACCCAACCAACAGCAACUUAAGCUCAAACAGCAAGCUGACGAGUCCAAAUCUAAACCAUCUGUCCGACCCAAACCAGGGAACCCAGACUGUAGCUCCCUCAGGAGGCCUGGAAAGUCUGCAAACCAGGAACAACCAGGCCAAAUACAAUGCAGAAUCUCCCGCACAUCAGAGGGAUCUGAAACUGGCUCCGCUUUUUCGUUAGAUGACUCUUCUGGCUUCCAGACAUGUUUCCCAUUUCCAUCUCAUGACAGCUCUACCAAUCUGUACCGCACUACUGCUGCGUACCAGCAGGAGGAGCCGUGCGAGAUCAGCUUCCCCGCAGGAGUUCAGGUGGAGGUUGUGGAGAAGCAAGGGAGCGGUUGGUGGUUUAUUCGCUGGGGGAAUGAAGAAGGCUGGGCACCCACCUACUACCUACAGCCAAUCAAAAGCUCAGAUACAAGCGGUACAGAAGCCAAAAACACAGAGAAGGUGCAUCUGGAGAAGUCUUGGUGUGGGACUCCUGCCUCAGAGCUAGAGAUUCCAGUGCAGGUUGAUGUUGGAAAGGGGGGUAGAUGCGUAAAUCUGGAGAAGAACGAACAACGUGUUAACCAAAGCCUGAAAAGCGUCCACAGAUCUAACCAGCAGAACUGUCGCGUUGGCGUUAAGCAGGCCGCGGUUAGACCUCAGAAUGUUCUCCACAACAAAGACAACACAAACAGCUCUUCUGCUAACACACACACAGCGCCAGCGGGACGCAGAAAUGAUGCUCUGCCCAACCACGCCUACAAUGACCAAUCCACCUCUUCCUGUGCAGGUAACAUGGAAAGCAUGAGGCGUAAGGUCCCCGUUUCCAUGGUGAAGCCUAAACCCCAUCUCAUUCACAAUAACCUGCGGGAGGAGUACGUGUCUAUCGCCGAUUACCGCGGUGAUGCAGAGACAAUGAGCUUCCCCGCCGGUACCAGGCUGGAGGUGUUGGAGAGAAACCCUAAUGGCUGGUGGUACUGCCGCGUGCUCGACUCAACUAAGACACGCAAGGGCUGGGUGCCCUCCAACUUUCUUGAGAGACGGAGCUAGUGGAACUCAAAGGGUUAAGGGCUCGUUAUAGUUGUGCGUAGGUCCUACGGCGUAGCCGCGACGGUGUAGAUUUCGUGUCGGUUUUCAUUUAUACUUUCGCGUCAUAGUCCGCGUUGACGUGCAAACACAUGCACAGACUGCUGGUAGGCAGUAUCCAUGCGUGUAACCACAGUAGCAGUGCGACCCUCAAUGAAGAAGCAGCUUGGCAAGUUAACCCACAAACGAAGAAGAAACAGCAACUUGUUGUGUAUGAUUUGAGAAGACCAGCAAUGAUGGAAGUAAAUAAACAGCGACUUUUGUUGCAGUUUGAGUUAAAUCACUCCUCAACUUUGCCCUUCUUUGUUUUCACCGUCGCAAAUGGAGAUACCUGACGCAGUUUUUUUACCUGACGGGAGGGGUUCUGGUGGAGCAAUCACCGCGCUUGCGGUCUGCAUAGAGCUGACGCACUGUUAAAAAUUUUGCGAGGUGCACGUCAGGCUACGCAGAGCUACGGAUAACCUACGGCGUAGAGCUUACGCAUGAUUAUAAAUUGGGCUUUAGUGUUAAAUUUAGCAGUUACCGUUUUUACAGAAUAGGCAUUGUGGAUGGUAUGCUUACUAAUUGAAAACGCUAACUGUAAUUGGUUAAUAAAAAAGAAAGAUGUUCUGUAAGACUGAUAAAGGGUCUAAAAUUGGUAAAGAUGGAGUAUUUUUUUAAACUAACAUUAUUAAUAAUGUAGUUUAUCCAGUGGCGUGUUUACCCACCACGCAAACCACGCAAUUGCAUAUGGCCCCUACUGGCCACAAGGUGUGCGAAAGUAUGUUACGUGCACAACAUUCACUCAAUGGUCAAGUUUACUUUAAAGACUUCGGGCUUCACAACUAUGAUUGGUGGUUUGGUUUGAUCAGUGACACGCAUCUUUUGUUCCACACUUGAACAGGUAUAAGCAUGAUAAAGACACCACGCAGGGGUUUAAAUCACGUCAAAAAUGCAUAAAUCAUAUUCUGUCAUUGUCAUUAAAAUCUCAUCUUUAGUGUUUGUCUAGUCUAUAUGCUUGUUGUAUCUCACAGUAAGUUUGUUUUUGCAAUAUGAUCAUGAGAGUUAUGUGAUUCCCAUCCAUAAAUUCAAGCAAUAACCAACUAACAAUGUUGUUUGCUGGUGUUUGUUAGUUCAGUUUGUUAGAUCAGUCUGAAUCAUAAUCUAAUGCUUCCUCUUUUUCCUCAUUUUUUUUUUUUUUAGUAAGAUGUCAGACACUGAAGUUGCAGUAUUAACUACAUUGUUUUUACAUCCUAUAAGACAUUUUCAAGCAAAAUAUAUAUCUGAGAGGGGUGUGAACAUUUUUUAAACCAAGAAUUUUUGUCAUACCAAACUGUAACAAUUUAGUGUUAUUUUAAGCAGUGUAAAAAACGGUUUAUAUAUAUCUCACUUAAUUCUAUAUACUGAAUAUUAUUGUUGUGCAAUUCAAAUGAAAAACCUUGGGCAAUGCUGGGGCAAUGGGGGCCCGGUUCUUGGACUUUGCUUAGGGCCCCCCAAAAUGGUAAACACGCCACUGAGUUUACCCUUUUAAGAAUCAUCACUAAAAAGUGUCACUAUAGUAAAAAGGCCAGUCACGUAUUUAACCAAGACUAAACUAACACUAAACCUUGAACCCCACUGGUAAUAAAAUUAUGUUCACAAAAUAAAAUGUGCAAAAUUGAGUUUUUUUUUGGAAGAAAUCCAAACACAAAGUGGGCAUGUGCUCAAAUCAGAUGGCAGUUAAGUGAAGUUGGUUGUUGAUAGACUUGUUUAUAUGCUUGUGCUGGAUGAUGUGAUAUUUUCACUGAACAAGCUUUUAUGUUAGUGUUAUUUUUAUAUGUCUUUUUUACUAAAUAAUCAAGGUCUGUAAAUAGAUCAAAUGCACUUUCAAAUCAAUAUCUAUCUAUCUAUCUAUCUAUCUAUCUAUCUAUCUAUCUAUCUAUCUAUCUAUCUAUCUAUCUAUCUAUCUAUCUAUCUAUCUAUCUAUCUAUCUAUCUAUCUAUCUAUCAAAUUGUAUUUUCGUACAGUGAAUGUCUCUUGAUUUGUACAACUAAACAUGGUGCUAUUCCUUUAUUAAAUCAUUUCAUUUUUAAAUAAAGGCUUGUUAAAUGGUCACCACUUUGGAGUUUGAUCACAAUAACUAUAUGGUAUGUGUGCAUAAACCUUAUUCAUAUACACCAUAUUUAUUUAUAUUCUUUGUCGAAACAGAACUUACCAAGCAGUUGAUUGACUGCCUGGUCACAUGUUGAAACCUAAGUUGAGCACAAAUAAACAACAUGGAUAGUCACAUGUAUAAUCACAUGUAUUUAAAUAAACCUUAAAACCAAAAAUGUAUAAUAUCUACAGUAUAUGUUUACAUUUAUAAUGAUUGGUUGUAUUCAUGGGUGUCCAUCACUGUUUUACACAAUUCACACUGAAAAUAUUUUG